GAGAGGCAAGCGGUCGGCAACAUUCAUCUCUCGACGGGGUGUCUAACUCGGUGUUACCAUGUGUUUGGCCCUAAAUUAAUUUUAUGCCAGAAUAUCCCUUUAACGUCGAUCUAGCUUUAUAGACAAGUAAAUAGGCACACAGUUAAUGCAUGCUUCUGUUGUUCGGCAAUAAACAAAAACUGCAUAAUUAUACCAAUGUUUGAAUAAUCCAAAUUCAACCCCCGACCUCCGGAAAAGAAUGGGCUGGGUUUCUAGUUUCGAUCCGUCCCUCUCUCAGCUGGUACUGUGCCGUGCGUCUUUACGCGUGAUGUUCCUUUAAGAGAAUACAUUUGAGUCUCUCUGCGCUGACGUCAGGGAAUUGGAGAGGCUGGUGCUCCCUGCAGUGGGAGGCAAUAAACGUGAUGAAGACCAGUCAGGGGUACCAGAUCACAUUUUGACAUUUUUCUCUUCUCUCAGUGUUGUGUGAUUUUGUAUUUCUUCACAAAGAGCGGCAGGACAAGACGAGCUUUUUCCUAGUUGUCUGUGCAAAUAAAACGGUUCGAUUUCAGACCUCCGCCCUGUUUGGGUAGACUUUCUCCAGAUUCGCUCCCUCAGCCUUCAAAGUCUUCAAGAAUAAGAGCGAAAGUCUUGUGGAUUAGACUGACUCCAGGUACUUUCUGCUGUUGAUUGAUGGCCUUACUGUUAAUCUACAGUUUAAAAAAUGCAUCAUAACCAGGAGGAGCAGUUGGUAAAUCCAAUUACUGCGCAGCACGGGACAGCCCGCCACAGCGGCUCCAACAGCCCGGACAACAGCCUGGGCAGCGGCCUCACUGACCUCCAGCCUCCCCCUUAUUUUAACCUGGAGUUUAAAAGAAAUGCGGUGACAGAUGACUACAAAGUCACAGCGCAGGUCCUCGGACUGGGAAUCACUGGCAAAGUGCUGGAAUGUUUCUGCAAGAAAUCAGGAGAGAAGUGUGCCCUAAAGGUGUGUGUGUGUUUAUUAUCUGUCCUCAUGAGGCUGCAGCCACUUAGAAGAAAAGAGCAUCCAUUAUUAAUUUCCUGUCUGGGAUCUCCAUCUUCUCAUACUGGAAAUUUACACUGCAUCUUGAUUUUGUGACUUGUAACAUGUGUUUUGUGCAUCCUAUCUGUUGCAAAUGAGAUGUGAAGCACUUUUUAGAUGUUUGAAGUAGAAAUCUGACUGCAAAUUCAAUCUCUGUGCUGCCCAGACAGUGUUUGAGAGAGAAAAACAGUGAUGUGCUGUCUGGCAUGCUUUGACACAGUUUCCUCGAUUGUUGUGAACAAUGACCUGCUCUGUCUGUGCUCAGCAUAAUCACCCUCAUCCACUCACAAACUUGCAUUUUCACUCUACUUUAAAAUGAUAUAAUACUAUCUCUAAAAGCCAACUUGAAAAUAUUACAAAAUCAGAGCAUGUAAUGGAUUUAACAGCUGACUGAGAUGGAAGCAAAAACAAACAGGAAAUGUAGCCUCAUGGGUGCCUCCACAUACUUUCUUUGGGAUUUCUUGGGUGGAAAACCAAAACCAGAAAGAUAUUAUGGUUUGUCUUAAUAUGUGCAUGCAGAGCUUUAGAGGAGCAUUACACCUCCAUCAGAGCUGAGUUAUUAGCUUUCCCCAAGUGACCACAAGGAUCUGGUCUGGGGUCUGGAUGUCUAGAAAAAUAGGAAGUCCUCCUUCCUUGACUGUAAUACCACACCGCAGUGCUAUGCCUUUAAAGAUGACGCCAGAGCUAAAUGAAUUUAAUAUGUGUUGUUCAGAAAUUGCAGCUGUAGUUUGAUACCUUUACCACUGAUCAAUGAAUUUACCAUGGGGUGUUCACUGAUUGGAUAUCAAGUAGUAUUUGAUUAGACAGACAUACAUGUUUAAAACAUUUUAAUAAUAUAAAGAAUGUUACUGACAAGUGUUUGUUUUAUGUGGUGCAGAUCCUGUAUGAUACCCCCAAAGCCAGACGAGAGGUGGAGCUGCACUGGAGAGUGUCCGGAGGUCCCCAUAUCGUCAGGAUUCUUAGCCUGUAUGAGAACAUGCACCAUGGGAAAAAAUGCCUCCUCAUCGUUAUGGAGUGGUGAGCAUGACUGUGUGAUUUACUGACAGGUCAUGUUUAGCUUUGAUGGGUAAAUCAGAGCGGAUCACUAUUUUAUUAUCUACAAAGUAGGGCUGGGCAAUGAAACGCUAACGGUAUAUAUCAAAAAUUAAUUUUCCCUCAAUAUCCAUAAAAAACAUGGUCAGCAUCCUUUUCGAUGGUCGUAAUUCUGCCACGUUUUGGUAGACUAUACCAAUAGCCAAUGAAAAGGGGAGUUGCUCCGGGUCCGCGUCACACCGAACCAAUCAUGUGCUGAAUUAGAACCAAGUAGCAGACAACUGUGUAGUAGCAGGCAGCAGCUACACGCAACCAUAGCACUUUAACACGUGAAGCUGACAGCACUGUUGGUGAGAAAAUAAGAAAAUGGGUGCUACCCCAGACAGAAAUGCAGAUGAAGGCUCAACAGUUGAUGACAUCGUCGACAACACUGGCACAAAAACGUCGGUGGUGUGGAGGUAUUUUGUUGUUUUUUUGAGGUCGGACAUGAAGCAGAGUAAUGUGUACUGCUAUUAUGUCAAGUACAUGUUCUCGCAAAGUCGAGGAAUACCUCAAAUCUUUUUGGGGAGCCCAUGGCGCCUGUGCAGCUGAAACAGCCGAUCAUAACGUGAUAUAUAUCGAUAUCGACUGAUAUGAAAAAACUAUAUUGUGAUAAAAUUUUUCCCAUAUUGCCCAGCUCUAAUAUAUAGCUAAUCUGUCUCCAACUGAAGUUGCCAUUUCAAAAACUUAUGUUUACUUAUCAACUUGUGUUUUUGGAAGACCACAUAAGAUAUCUUGCCUUUCCAGUUGACUCUGACUUUCACUUUUACUUUUCGUUUGAUUUUUAGUUGUUGGUACCACUGCCUGUGAGGCAUAUGCCAUAUGGCAGCUUUGCUUUCACUGAAUACACUUGGGUGCUGACCUUUCGCGCAUAACUCAGUCUGUCAGUGAUAUUUCAGUCUAUGGGCCUCCAUAACAAACAUGCCCUUUUUAGGCUUUUUCUUGUCCUUAUAAGUUCCGUUCCAGUUAUAUGUUUUCCUUUUUAAUCUAACUUGUAUAAAUAAUCAAACUUAGACUGUAGGAAAAAACAUGAGCAAGGAAGCAGAGAGACCAGAUGGAAAAAUCCUGAUACUUGCGUGUUUGCAAAUGUAGCUUUGGUAUUUGUUCGUCAUCAUCAUGGACUAGGGGCGACAGGGGUCAUUUGCAUCCCUGAGUACACAUUAUGUGAAAGAGGCUUAAGUGACUACACGCCACAAUAUCCCACUUGACGUAUUCAUCUUUGCUCAUACUUGUGUUUGGCACUUUGUACCAUGAUUGAGGAUAUUUUACUUCAAUAGUGGAAUAUUUGUGGAGUACAGCUACUCCAAUGUGCAUUUUGAAACAAAACUCAUUUAAAACUUUAUUUGUUAAUGUGUUUACAUUUGAUCUUGAUUAUAUCUUAUAUGUUUGUGUUAAUUUAAUAGUGUAAAAUUAACACACCAGCUCUAUAAAAAUGCUGUCUUUGGUCAGAUUUUCUCUUCAGAGUACAUAUGAGUGUGGCUGGUCUCACAGACUGGACUCAUCUCAGCAGUAAAUCAUCAGGCACAAUAAGUGGCUUUGUUGUCCCGCCAUGAUUGCAGCAGAGAGCUGUGUUUGUUUGCCAGGAGAGUCCUCUCUGCCCCCGUUCUGAUUUUUUUUCAAUCUCGUCUCAGUAUGGAGGGAGGGGAACUGUUCAGCCGCAUCCAGGCCAGAGGAGACCAGGCUUUCACAGAGAGAGGUGGGUUUGAGUUUUCAUUAAGCUAAUUGGAUUUCUAAACUCCGCCUCAUAUGUGUUACACAUGCGUCAUAUGUUUCCAUCAGAGGCAUCAGAGAUCAUGAACGACAUUGGCACAGCUAUAGAGUAUCUCCACCACAUGGACAUUGCUCACAGGGAUGUAAAGGUACUUCAGCUGCUACAAUUCAAAGAAAAUGCUAGAAAAAUCAGUCAUGCUUUUGAAUAUUUAAGUGUUUCGACCAUUUUUUAUUCUUCUUUUAUUGCUUUUAUUGGUUUUAAUGCUUUUUAUUGUUUUUAUUUAUUCAAUAUUCGUUUUUAUUUACUAUGUAUUGUAAAGAACUUUGGUUCACCUAAAGGGUUGUUGGAAAGGGCUGUAUGAAUAAAGAACAUUUACAACUACAUUUACAUUUUUAUUCAUGCUACAGCCUGAAAACCUGCUCUACACCACAAAGGAGAGUAACGCAACUCUAAAACUGACCGAUUUUGGCUUUGCUAAGGAAACAACACUGUAUAACUCCCUCCAGACUCCCUGUUACACCCCAUAUUAUGUUGGUGAGUGUCUCUCUGCUGUUUGAUUCUAUUACUUGAGGGAAAUGAGUCGUAUAAAUCUGCAUUGACAGCUGUAAGGAUUAGAUUGUUGUUGUUUGGGAGGGUCUAAAGUGAUGUAUUCCUAAUCGCAUAAACAGAAAUGUUCUGACGGAAAGGUUGGUCUUAUGUUUAGAAAACAAUCAGAAGACAGCCAAACUCAGCACAAUUCAAUAAACACUGUUAAACACAGGAUCAGAGAGUCUGCAGGUAAACACUGUCAAAUUGGUUUUUCAGGUGUGGCUAAUAUGAGUAAACCAGUGCUUGGUAGCUUUUGUUCCUUCAUGCAGGUUAAUAUCCUCAUGCCUGCGAUGGUUGCGCGUUGCUCCAGCAUCAUGGUUAUAAGCCAAUUUAACCUGACACAGCUUACACACGCACUAUCUCCAUUUUCUAGAUCAAAAUACAGCCAAACUUUCAUGCUAAGAGAUACUAUUUGUCAUCUUUGUUUGUUUGUAUAUGGGUGGGACAGUCCUACCACAGUUUGCCAUUAACUGGAGCUAAAGCACAGACUUGUGGCAGCUUACUUUCCUGCAGCUUUAAAACAGCAUAUGAUCAGCAUUUCAGAAUCAAAGUAAUAGAAAUAUUAAUAAUUUGAUUAAUCAAAUGGUAAUUCUGGUGCUAAAGAGCAAAAGCGGCACACUUACUAUUUGACCAAAUGUCCACAUCCAGUUGUUCUUCUCCUUUAUGUCGUCUUUGCGUGUGCAUAUUGGUGUGUUUUGUAUGAGACUGUCUGUCCUUUUCCACUUCAUUUGGUUUGUUCUUAUGUGUCUGAUUGUCCGUUCAGCCCCAGAAGUGCUUGGGCCAGAGAAAUAUGACAAGUCAUGUGACAUGUGGUCUCUGGGCGUAAUCAUGUACAUACUGUAAGUACUGCGUCUGUGUGUGUGUGUGUGUGUGUGUGUGUGUGUGUGUGUGUGUGUGUGUGUGUGUGUGUGUGUGUGUGUGUGUGUGUGUGUGUGUGUGUGUUUGUGUGUGACAUUUAUUGAUAUCCGGCUAAAACUGUCAUACUCUGUGCUCUAGAGACAGAAGAUAGAAGAGUGAAACUGUUUUCACCUCUUUUCUUCUCCUGUGUUUCUAGCCUGUGUGGAUUUCCGCCGUUCUACUCGAACACAGGUCAGGCCAUCUCUCCGGGCAUGAAGCAGAGGAUCAGGCUGGGCCAAUACGAGUUCCCAAACCCUGAGUGGGCUGAUGUUUCUGAGGAAGGUCAGCCAGAAUUUGAAAAUUACAAGAAAGACAUUCCAAAACUCAAAGCUCAUCUUCUUACUUUGAAUCACAUAAAAGGAAGCUGCAACUAGAUAUGGCAUACAAUUAAUAAUUUUUACAGAAACACAGAAACACAUUUCCUCAUAGAACAGCUGUUUUUCAAGUAAGUAAGUUACCAAAAGACUAAACCACAAUAGGAAAUGUGAAAGAUGGUCUCUCAUAGAGAUAAACCCAGAAAAAGUUUACCCAGAAUGCAUGUCUUUGACUUAAAAGAACAUUUCAAGCCCCUGUGAGAAACUUCUGCUCAUGAAACAGACUGAACCGAAUGCUGAUGCGUCUUGUCAACACUAACAAGCAAACAAGACCAUCAGCAAUACAACUGACUGGUCCAAUGUUGUCAUUUAAAUUCAUGAAACUGCUGCAAGGGGGGCCCUUCUUUACAUUUUCAACAGAAAAUAUUUAUUUAUAUUUAAGCGGGAUGAGAUUUCAGUCUGAGAAUCGUGUCUUUGUUGUACAGAACAAAACAAAAAAGUUAUGAGCAAAAGUUUCCCACAAUUUUUUUUUUGGUCCAGUAUGUCUAAUAAUUUUAAUGUUAUUUUUUUUUUUUACAAGUAUAAGCAGAUGUUUUUACCAAAAACAAAGAGAGAGAGAGAGAGAGAGAAAAGUUUAUGCAUCAUUCCUAGUGCCAAGGGAACUAUAUGUCCAAACUUGGAGACCAGUUAGAGAACAUGUGAUGGUUCACUAAAUAGUUAAGGUUAAAGGUUAAAAUCAUAAAUGUUCUGAUUGGGAACUUUUUUUUGUUUCACCCAAAACAAGAAGAAAACAAUGGUCAAUUUUGACAUAGUCCUUGUCUGGAAGAGAUCAGGGAGAGUUAAAGUCUCACUUUGCCAGCCUGUUACACAAAACACAAGUAAACAACAUUUUAAAAUUAAAUUAAGGGUGUGCAGAUGGCUGAGCGGGUAAGUGUGACCCAUGUAUGGGGACCACGGUCCCCGCAGUGGUCGUGGGUUUUCGGGUCUGGCCCAGACCAUGCGCUGUAUGUCCUCCCCCCUCUCUCUCUAUCUCCCCAUAUUUCCAGACUGUCCUUUCCAUGAAGGCCAAAAUUGCCCCCCAAAAAUACUUUAAAAAAAUAAUUACAUUUCCCCUGUUGCUUCCACAUAAAAGUCAAAUAUGACAAAAUAAGGAAACAAAAUACACAAAUGUUUUUAGGCUGUAUCACAUUUUCUGUCCUCCACAGCCAAACAGCUCAUCAUUCAGCUCUUGAAGACAGACCCUAACGAGAGGAUGACCAUUGGACAGUUUGUGAACCAUCCCUGGAUCAGUGUAAGUUGCCUUUUUGUCAUUCAUGAGUCUGUAGGUCUGUGGCUCUUUCCGUCAUUUAUUCUUGAUAAUGCUGUGUUUUUUUUUACACUGCAGCAGUCCAUGGUGGUACCUCCAACUCCUCUGCACACCUCUCGAGUCCUGACAGAAGACAAGGAGCUGUGGGAUGAUGUGAAGGUGGGACCCACUUUGACAGGCUCGGUUCUAAUUCUGUCCACUAGAUGGCAGCUAAGCACCAGAUUAUCACCACAUAAUGUCUUGGUUUUUCCAACAGGAGGAAAUGACCUGUGCUCUGGCUACGAUGCGUGUUGACUAUGACCAAGUGAAGAUCAAAGACCUGGACCUGUCUGACAACCCUCUCCUCAAUAAAAGGAGGAAGAAACCCCUGUCAGGAGGAGAGGAAACGGGAGGAGAGGCUGAUGGGAAAGACGGAGGAGUGGUGUGUAAUAGUCACAGAGAAGUUACAUUUUCUGAGGAGCAUGAGAAAAUGAUUAUUUGAUAUGUAGAAUGAAACUAUGACAAAUUGCGUGAGCAAUACUUUUAUUUUUACACGUUAGUUACUGUUAUUUACUCGUUUUAUCUCAUUUUUACCACUGCACUAAAGCCUUUUAAACAGUCAUGUUGUUGUUCCUGCCCUACCAGUCAAAUAAAAGUUUUGUUUCUCAUGUUUUAUAAA